GUUUGCCAAUGUCGGAGGUGUAACUGGGGUCUGGCCCUGGACAAAGGAAUAGAGCAUGGCUCAAGUGAAAGUUCAGACCUCAGCACCCCUGGCUGGUCCUGGCCUCUCCCCCGGAGCCCCCCCGCCGGCCAUGGCCAGCCCCGGACCCCUGGGUCUGCAGCCCUCCGUUAACGGCACAGGCCCGGCCCCCACACCCGCCUGCCCCGCUCCUGCAGUCGGAUAUGGGGACGACCCUGUGUCUGCCACAUCGCCAGGCCCGCCCCAGGAGAACAUGGCAAACCCUAAAGAGAAAACUCCGAUGUGUUUGGUGAAUGAGUUAGCCCGUUUCAACCGGAUCCAACCGCAGUACAAGCUCCUCAACGAGAGAGGCCCCGCACACGCUAAGAUCUUCACGGUGCAGCUGACUCUGGGGGAGCAACUGUGGGAGGCGGAGGGAACCAGCAUCAAGAAGGCGCAGCACUCCACAGCCGCCAAAGCUCUGGAGGAGAGCGUCCUGCCGCGGCCCGCCCCCCGCUCCCCGAAAGUGGACAUCAACAGCAACCCAGGCAGUAUAACACCCACAGUGGAGCUGAAUGGUCUGGCCAUGAAGAGGGGGGAGCCGGCCAUCUACCGGCCUCUGGAUCCUAAACCCAUGCCCAACUACAGAGCCAACUACAACUUCAGAGGCAUGUUCAACCAAAGGUACCAUUACCCCGUCCCGAAGAUCUUCUACGUGCAGCUGUCUGUGGGGAGUAACGAGUUCAUCGGAGAGGGACGAACCCGCCAAGCGGCGAGACACAGCGCCGCCAUGAAGGCCCUGCAGGCGCUGCGCAACGAGCCCAUCCCCGAGAGACCCCCACAGAGCCCGGAGGAGAAGGAGGAGUCUGAGGAAGGCACGGACGCCAGCAAAUCAGAGAUCAGCCUGGUGUACGAAAUCGCCCUGAAGAGGAACCUGUCUGUCAACUUCGAGGUGUUGAAGGAGAGUGGCCCCCCGCACAUGAAGAGCUUCCUGACCCGCGUCAGCGUUGGCGAGUUUUCCGCAGAGGGCGAGGGCAACAGCAAGAAGCUCUCCAAGAAACGCGCCGCUCUGUCCAUCCUGCAGGACCUGAAGAAGCUGCCCUUCAUGCCCGUGGUGGAGAAACCCAAGACGCACUACAAAAAACGCACCAAGACCAUCCUCAAGACGGGUCCAGACUACGGGCAGGGCAUGAACCCCAUCAGCCGCCUGGCUCAGAUCCAGCAGGCCAAGAAGGAGAAGGAGCCAGAGUACCUGCUGCUGUCCGAGAGGGGGAUGCCCCGCCGCCGGGAGUUCAUCAUGCAGGUGAAGGUGAACAGCGAGGUCGCCACGGGAACAGGACCCAACAAGAAGGUGGCCAAGAGGAACGCGGCGGAGGCGAUGCUCCUGCAGCUCGGAUACAAGGCGUCCACCGGCCCCCAGAGCCCCACCGAGAUGGACAACAAAGGCUGGAACGGACAAAAGGCGUCAUUUACCGAGGUGACGAGUAACACCCAGAAGGGUCUGCUCCACCUCAGCCCCGACGUCUACCAGGAGAUGGAGGCCAGCAGGAAGCAGGGCGGCGGCGCUCCGGGCUCCAACAGCGGCGGUAACUACAUGACCUCCAAAGACAUGGGCCCGCUGCCCCCGGGACACCCCCCGUACUACAGCGGCUCCUCGCCCAGCCCCACGGCCACCAUGGCCCGGGAGCUGCUGCUGAACGGACAGACGCCUGCCAACGCCGACGCCGCACUGCACCUGAAGGGGAAGAACUGCGGCGUUGCCGUGCAGCCGGCUCAGCAGCUCGACUACCUAGCCCGCAUCCAGGGCUUCCAGGUGCAGUACAGCGACGCACAAAGCGGCAAAGAUUUCGUGACCUAUCUGACCCUCUCUCCUGUGCAGAUGACUUUCCACGGCACCGGGAGCACCCUCCAAGCCAGCCAUGACCAGGCGGCUCUAAGUGCCUUGAAACAGCUGUCGGAGCAGGGACUGGACCCGGUGGAUGGCCCCAUCAAGGGCAGUGAGCCGUGUGUGCGGGAGGACGGACAUUAAACAGACUAACUCAGGCACCACCACUCAGGUCUGCACGGAUUCAAAGGCUGUCGUCUAGGAGCUGACAACCCCCCCACCCCACCCCACCCUCAACGCCCCAUAACCUACACCCCCCCACCCCACGAUCGCCACUGUAUCCUGCAAAACCUGUCAACAUGCAAUAGGGUGGAUGUGCACCGAGAAAUGACCGACUAAAACACCUGACUGAGUCUAUGUGAAGACAACGCUAUGGUAACACGCUUAUCGAUGAUUUCUAAAUUCCACAAGAGAAAUGCAUGGUACUGUAUGAAACCAGGGGGGGAAUCCUGAGUGAGACCCUGCAGAGACCCUUUGGAUUGAUGUCUGUUGGUAUGGUUAAACACAAAUAUGUACGUCAUGCCAUUGAAACACAGGAGGAACACCACCGUACAGUAGCUUAUGUUUCCGGGGGUUUUAUGUUUCAGUUUUUUUAUUCCUUUUAUUAAUCUAACAAUGCUUGAGUACUGUAUUUAAAAUUAACCAAUGCCAGUGCUGUGAAAGUUGUAGUUGUUGUCUUCAUAUAUAGUCACCCAGCUUACCUUUGUACGCUGACAUUAAGAAAAAAAAAGAGCUCAUCUAUCUAUAUGGACGUGUAUGACCUGCAAGAGUAUCAUAUCCCCCCCCCAAAAAAAUAACAGAAAAGUUUUCAUGUGGACAAACAGGACUGGUGUUAGCAGUAAUCAUAGAAGUGUUGGAAGACCCUUUGCUUCCUGAAGGGUCCCGUUAACAUGCCCCCCCCCCCCCCGGCAUAGCAUCACUGGAGCGGAGGCUACACACAGAGCUUUCUGCGUGUCCUCCACCCAGUGAUUUUGUGUCCCCCGCUCCCACAGUUUUGUCGAUCACAUCUACACCCAUUGUGUGUGCUGUAUUGACCCGCCGAGGCAUCAACUGGGUGCUUUUAAUGCCUGCAUUAGUCUGGAGUGUGUCUUCUGAGCGGACAAACCCUGCCCCCCUCUCCGCUGAAGGCCACUCUGUCACUUUGUUCACUGACUUUGAGGACGUGUCUUCUUCCUGGCUGUGAGUACAACGUGUAAUCAGGCUGUCUGUUACUGAAAUGCAGUAAAAACACCUCAGUUCAUGUGGAAAAAAAACCUGUUUCUGCGUCUCUUAUUGUCUCCUCCUGCAGGAACACGCUAUUAGCACCGUUAGUGAAAAUGUGUCGAAAACCUGUAAUAAAGCCGUGAUGGACUACAUGUCCCAUGAUCCAUUGCACUCCAGAUACAGACACUGAGCCCAAAUAUGGUCAAUUUACUUUAAGUGAUUAAGUCAAUUGCUCCUUUAGUUAUGAAGGUAGUGGAAUAAAGACACAGAUGCACUUUAGUGGAAAUCAGCGUGGAAAAAAUGGUAGUUAAUUUCCACACCUUUUCAAAAUAAAAGCCCGAUUUAAAAUCAUAAGGCAGCAGCUCUUAAACAAAUCUGUACGUAUGUCUUAUUUUCUCCUCCUGUUACUGAAAUGACCCUCUUUAUUUUCCCAUAUUGUUCAUGCCUUCAG